AUGUGGAUACGAUAUAUGGUGGAUAUAUUCAAAACAGUUGUUGAAGAACUUUUAAAAAACCCUAAUAGAAAAUUUGUCCAAACAGAAAGUGCAUAUCUUUCUUAUUGGUGGAAACAACAGACAGAAGAAGAAAAAGAUAAAUUCAGGCACUUGGUGAAUAAUGGACAAAUAGAAAUUGUAAACGGAGCUUGGUGUUCAAACGACGAAGCUGCAACUCAUUACCAAUCAAUCAUCGAUCAGUUUACCUUAGGACACAGGUUUCUAGAGGAUGAGUUUGGAGAAUGUGCCAGAACAAACAUUGGUUGGCAGGUUGAUACUUUCGGACACAGCAGGGAACAGGCCUCGCUCUAUGCCCAAAUGGGAAUUGAUGGAUUUUUGUUUGCAAGAUUCCACUUCGAAGAUCUCGCUAAGAGGAAAGAAAACAGAACUAUGGAUCUUCUUUGGAUUGGUAGUGAAAAUUUAGGUGUACAAGAGAGUAAUAUUUUCACUUCGAUGAUAUAUAAUCACUACAGUCAUCCUGCAGGAUUCUGUUUCGAUGCUAAUUGCGGUGACCCAGAAAUUAUUGAUGACGAGAAUGACGAAGGCUACAAUGUAGAAGAGAGAGUAAACGCCUUCGCUGACUAUGUAAGAGAACAAGCUACCCAUUACACAUCAAACAACAUUUUGGUCACCAUGGGAGAUGAUUUCCAAUAUACCGUAGCUAGUAAGAAUUUUGGAAACAUCGACAAGUUAAUAGCAGGAUUUGAAAAGUUUCAACCCACCAUGGAUGAUGGCACACCAAUCAGCAUUUUGUAUUCGUCACCUUCAUGUUACGCAAAAUCUGUAAAUGAUUAUAUGAUAAGAACGAAUGGAAAGCUUGAUGUAAAGUAUGAUGACUUCUUCCCACAUGCUCAUUCUGUUCAUGAGUAUUGGGCUGGCUUUUUCACAUCUCGCCCAACGUCAAAGAGAUUUGAACGUAUCGGCAACAAUGUGCUGCAGAUAGCAAGACAACUUUCUGGUUUUGCCAAUCUGGCAUAUAACGUUAAUUACGAUCUCGAAGAUGCUAUUGGUGUAAUGCAGCAUCAUGAUGCUAUAACUGGAACGGAAAGAGAAGCAGUGGAACAAGAUUACCACAGAUUAAUUGCAAAUGGUAUUAGCAAAUCUGUCGAUAACAUUGAAGAAUCCUUGAGAAAAAUUUUAAAUGAUGAUUCACUACAGUUGGCUUAUUGCCCUUUGGCUAACAUUAGUAUUUGUGCUGAAACCAAAAAAGAUGAAUUUAAUAUAGUUUUAUACAAUCCUCUUGGUAGAACUGUAAAACAACACGUGCAAGUUCCCGUGGAGGGAAAUUCUUGGACUAUUACCGACCCAGAAGGUAACUUGGAAGCAGUGUUUAUAUUAUGUACUAAUAAAAUAUGUAUUUAG